AUGAAUCAGCUGCACCUUCGACAGAGCCUGGGCACUCUCGCGCCGGAGACUCUGCGAAGGCGCCACUAUGAAUCAGUCAUCGACGACCUUGCACAUCAGAAAAGGAUCUCAUUUAGCUAUAUCAAGCAAGAAGGCUCUGCUUCUACAGACGACGCUUCGGCCGCACCGCCAACAUCGGCCGGGAUCGCACAUCAGGCUGGCGUGAAUUGCCUGGCAAUCGACAGAAACGAGGGACAGUUUCUCUUCUCUGGUGGUGCGGAUUCGACCGUCCGGCUUUGGGAUCUGAGCCAUGAGCCUUUCCAAUUGCAUCAUCGCGAUGGCCAGUCGUCAACAAGACCCACACUCUACCACCCGAAGGCAACAUUGAGCCGCAGCUCGCCGUCCUCUCAUACGCACGCGCUGACGUCCAUCUCAAUUUAUCCGUUCGACCCCAUCCCAUCAACACUGUUGACCACAUCGUACGACAAAACCCUCAAAGUGACAUCCAUCACUCCAAGCGGCCUGACACCACUGCAUACUUUCGAGCUAAGCUUCACGCCCUACACGCACUCGCUGUCUCCACUCGUAGACUCCCAUCCGCUUAUCGCAGUCGGAACGGCACACCCAGCAAUCCGACUCCUCGACCUCCGGACCGGCCUGGCGACACACUCAAUGACCGGGCCCAACGGCGCCGUGUACAGCGUAGCAUGGUCGCCACGGGCAUCGCACAUAUUAGCCUCAGGCUCCAGCGACGGACGCGUGCUGUUCUUCGACGUCCGGCGCGCGAACGCGGCCUUCGCAUCACUGGACCUCGACGAUGCCGUCGGGGUAGUCGGCAUCCCCGCCUACCUAGACCACGACGCGCGCCGCGAGCAACUCCUAGACUUCAACGCGGUCGCGCAUAACGGACCCGUGACGGGCGUGCAGUGGACGCCCAGUGGCGACAAGAUCGUGACGUCUGGUCAUGACCAGCGCAUUCGCGUGUGGGACGCCGCGACAGGGCGAAACGACCUCGUGCACUUUGGCCCGCGGAUCAGGAAUGAGCGCCCCGGGGAGCUCAAGCCUUUGAUCUCGCCGGCGGCCACCCAUAUGCCCGGCCGUGAAUCCUUGUUCUGGGCGAACGACGAACCCCGUGGUUUCAUCUUCCAGCACCAUCUGCGGGAGGGCCAUAUGCUGAAGGUUCUGCGUACUGAGGGUGUGAAACUGGCUCAGGUGCAGGCUGCUUCCGCUUCGGUCCCGCGCCGUGGGAGUGGCGUUGGCGGUCGCGGCGGUCGCGGCGGUCGCGGUGGUGCAGGUACCAGCAAUCACAGCCACACCAGUAGCAGUAGCGUCGUCGCGUCGAGGGUGACGGGUAGCGGACGGAUCAACGCGAUGGUGUGGCGCGUGCAACCAAUCGGCCGUGCCGGUGCGCUCGUCGAGAUGUACACGGCGCACGGCGAUGGACGGAUCGGCGUGUGGCUUCCCAGCUCGGAAAUUGAUGGUGAUGCCGAAAACGAAGGCGCAAGCGACAGCGCGGAUACCCGUUAUGGACAGUCUCCUCCGCAACGAGGCAUGCUGGAAGAACCAUCGAGGGAGGUGGAGAACAAAGAGGUGGAAGAAGAUGGUGAGGCCGAGAGGAGGAAGCGCAAGAGAGCGCUGAUCGGGGAUCUGGUCGAGGGCCUGGCAAAGCGGCCGGUUCCGUUCUUAUGA